AUGGACCAACCGUUAUCACGCCUUACAGUACUGAAGGUCGUAGAGUGGGGUGCCCUUACGAAGCAAAGAUGUGCAUUUUCUUCAACAAUAAGACUUUUUUCCUUGACAUCAUGGACUCGUUCAGAUUUUGCAGAUCUGAGAACUCUGUCCCCUGCAGAAGGACUGCCAUCAAGUGUGGAUGUUGUGAUUUGUGGGGGAGGAGUUGUAGGUGCAUCAGUGGCCUACCAUUUAGCUCAAAUGGGUUGGGGGCCAAGGACAAUACUCUUAGAACAGGCAAGUCUUGGCGGUGCCCCGACAUGGAACACCAUAGGUCUUGUCGGUGUCUUCAAACCAACCUUAGCUCAAGUAAGACUUUGUCAGACAUCAAUGGACAUGUUUCGUGAUCUUAAAGAGCUAGGCCUUCCAACUGGCUGGAAACAAUGUGGAAGCUUAUGCUUAGCAAGAACUAAUGAUAGAAUGACAGUUUUCAGAAGAAUGAAAUCUCUCUCUGUAUCUUGGAAUAUUGAUUGCGAACUAGUCACUCCGAUCGAAGCUCAAAGGAAAUGCCCCUUAAUUGCCAUUGAUGACCUAAAAGGUGGCUUGUGGAUUCCUGGUGAUGGUGUUGGUGACCCAUAUACUCUUUUAAACUCAUUACUGAAAGUAGCUGUAAGCAAAGGACUUCGAGUAUAUGAAAACUGUUCUGUAUCAACUGUGCAAGCAAAAAAUGGUCGUGUGGACAAAGUGGUUACUCCUUAUGGGGAAAUAAACUGCUCAGCAUUUGUGAAUACUGCAGGUUUCUGGGCAAGAGAGCUAGGAGCGAGAUCUCGGCCUCCUGUCAAAAUUCCUAUCCACCCAGUGGAGCACUACCAUCUUCUUACUGUUCCUAUGAACAUAGAUCCAAUGAUGCCUGUUGUCCGUGAUCUGGAUGGAUACAUAUAUUUUAGAGAAUAUGAAGGGUGCAUUGUAGCAGGAGGUUUUGAGCCAGUUGCAAAGCCUGCUUAUGAAAAUGGAAAAAUACCCAAUACUCAGGCUGAUCGUAGUCUUCCUGAAGACUGGGAUCACUUUAGCGUGCUUUUAGAGCAGCUAUUAAUUCGAAUUCCUUCUGUGGGUGAUAUUCGGCCUCAAAAACUGAGUAACCUACCUGAAGCAUUUUCACCUGAUUGUAAGUGGGUGGUUGGUGAAGCUCCAGAGGUAGAAAGGUACUACAUUGCUUCUGGAAUGAAAACAGUUGGUAUUUCAGCCGCUGGUGGAGUCGGAAAAGCUAUUGCAGAACUUAUAACCAAUAAUAAAACUUCUUAUGAUAUGUACGAAAUAGACAUCAGUAGAUUUCUAGGACUACAUAAUAACACAAAAUUUCUAAGGGAAAGAGUCAGUGAAGUGCCAGAUAUCUAUGAUGGUGGAACUCCUUACAGAGUUGCUUCUACUAAUACUUUCUCAAAACCUCCAUGGUUCAAUUAUGUAGCUGCUGAAUAUGCGGCAUGUAGAGAAACGAUUGGAUUGAGUGACUAUUCUUCUUUCACUAAAUUGGAACUUUGGUCAAAAGGCGAUGAAGUUGUGAAAACACUGCAGUACCUUUGUAGUAACGAUGUUGAUGUUGUUGAUGGUAGUAUUAUUCAUACUGGUAUGCAGAAUGAAUGUGGUGGUUAUGAAAAUGAUUGCAGUUUAAUAAGACUUGCCCAUAAUCAGUAA